GAAACAACUAGAGGAGCAAACAGCCAAAGACAAUAUGCUGCUGCAGCAACAGCAGCAGCAGCAUCAGCAGCAGCAACAGCAACUCCACCGCUGGCAGCAGAAGCAGCAGCAGCAGCAGCAGCAGCAGCAGCAGCAGCAGCAGCAAGGCGCCAAGCUGCAGAAUGUUGGAAACUCACAAACGUCGCUUGAUGCCUCCAAGAAAUCUCAGCAGCAGCAGCAACAUCAUCAGCAACGCCUGCAGCAGCAGCAGCAGCAGCAGCAACAGCAGCAGCAGCAGCAGCGUCUUCGAAAGGGGCCCCUUGGGCGCGGCCGAGAGCCCGCUGCACGGAGAGGCCGUGGUGUACAUACACCUGACGGCAGCACACCAUCAGCAGCAGGAGCAGCAGCAGCAGCAGCACCAGCAAGAACAACAUUAGUAAGGUCUAUGCGGAAGCCUCGGCCUCCCUCUGUUACCUUAGAAGAAGCAGCAACAGCAGCAGCAAAAGCAGCAGCAAAGGCAGCAGCAGCAGCAAGAGCUUGUUCGAUCCACGACUCCCCUAGCUCUCCUGCUGCUGCAUGCAGCGACGCGUGCUCUCUGGAUACAUCAACAGCAGCAGCAUCGGCAGGAACAGCAGCAACAGGCUCUGAAACAUCAGCAGCAGCAGCAGCAGCAGCAGCAGCAGCAGCAGCAGCAGCAACAGUGCCACCGAAGGAUAGUGUCUCCUCUGGAGUGUCUCCACUUAAAUCAAGCUUGUCUCUUGGGGCCCCUGCAGCAGACAGCGGGGACAACCCUUUGUGCCCUCCUGCCUCUGGAUCGAGUUGGGGGCCCCAUACAGGGGCCCCCCCAUCACAGACAGGGGAGGGAGGCCCCCCCCGUUUGGGGGGCCCCCAGAGCUGUGGGGCCCCACAGCAGUUCUAUAUAUACACCCCACCAGGGGACAAAGGGACACCCCAAGUGUCUCCUUGUCUCCUCUCUGGCAACGAGCUUAGCUCUGUUGCUGCUUCCUCUCCAUGUAACGACAGUAGCUGCAGCAGCAGCAGCAGCACCAGCAACAGCAGCAACAACCGCAGCAGCCCAUUAAAAAAUAGUUGCUGCAUGCAACAGGAAGAAGAUGGCAACAAUGCAAUCCCUUCGGCUCCUCUGAAGCCCUCGCCUUACUACCCCGACAGUCAGCAGCAGCAGCAGCAGCAGCAGCAGCAGCAGCAGCAAGACAGGCAGCAGCAGCAGCAGCAGCAACCAGCGGUCCCAGCAGGAUUCACAGCUGCAUUUGGCUCUGUGCAUCCGACAAGGCUGACGCUGCCCUUGCUGCGGCGAGGAUCGCUACAGCAGCAGCAGCAGCAGCAGCAGCAGAAAAUCAACUACCCGCCUGCGUUGCUGCUGCCCAAGAUAGAGCAGCAGCAAGAAGAUCCAUCUGUCUCCACAGACUUGUCUACAAAUGUCCAGACACCCCGCGGCUCCUUGUGUGCAGCCGCACAGCAGCAGCAGCAGCAGCAGCAGCAGCGGCAGCAGCGGCAGCAGAUGCCGGCCGGCUUAGUUGAGUCAAGGGGGGAAACCCCAACUGCAGCAAUUACACCUGCUGCUGUUGCUGCUGCGAAGCAGCAGCAACAGCUCUUGCACAUGCCCGGGGUGCCGCAGCGGCUCGCCAGCUGCCCUCCACAGGGGCAGCAGCAGCAGCAGCAGCAGCAGCAGCAGCUGUUGCUGCUGCAGCCCACAGCCGUGCUUGUGCCUCAGAAGUUACCAGUUGCUGUUUGCCCCUUCCCUCUUCAGGACCAGCAGCAGCAACAACAGCAGCAGCAGCAGCAGGCAGCAGCAGCAUUAGUGUGGACUCCACAGCUGCCGCAGCAGCAGCAUGUGCCUGUUUGCUGCAUGUCUCCAGUAGCAGCAGCAGCAAUCCCUCUAAGGCCUGCAAUGGCUGCUGCAGCAUACAAUGCCCUCAACCUUCUCCCUGCAAGAAGGCAGCAGCAGCAGCAGGAUGGAGAAGCGCAGGCUGUUGUUGCUGAGCACCACCGCAGCUACAGGGAUAUGCUGCAGCAGCAGCUGCUGCUACAGAAGCAUUACUCCGAGUUGUUAAAACAGCAGCAAGAGGUGCUGCUGCAGCACAAGCAGCACCAUAACUCAUGGCGUCUGCAGCAGCAGCAACGGCAGCAGCAGCAACAACAACAACAACACUAG